AUGAACACCCUCUUUACCAUCGCCUUAUGUUUGACCUUCGCCGCCACCACUCUGGCUUUUAAUCCAAUGAUGGGCGGUAUGGGUAUGAUGGGUGGUAUGGGUAUGAUGGGAGGUAUGGGUAUGAUGGACCCCUACAUGAUGGGCAUGGGAGGACUUGGUAUGAUGGGAGGUAUGGGAGGACUUGGUAUGAUGGGAGGUAUGGGAGGUAUGGGUAUGAUGGGUGGUAUGUACAACCCAAUGAUGAUGGGUUAUGGUGGACUCGGUAUGCUCGGUGGAAUGGGCGGAUACGGUAUGAUGGGCGGUAUGCUAGGUGGAAUGGGCGGAUACGAAAACCGUGUUCCAAUUUCGAACCUUGUAAUAUUUGUAAAAUACUUUUGA